CAGUCUCAAGCUCUCAAGAAUUUAGGGAGUCGUUUUGGGGAUGUAUGUCACCCUGCCACCCCUUCCUGUCCGAUCCAGUCACCCUAUCUAACUCUUUAUCAACGCCUAAUUACGACCCUACGUCUAUUUGGCCGAACUAAGUUUGGGCAUGUUUACUAUAAUUGGGUUUUAGACGACUUAUUCAAUGUGCGUAAUUUGCUAGCUGCUAGGUCGAGGUCGCUACUAGCUCUGUACUCCAUGGAGCGCACUACACUGCAGAUGAUCUAGCUCUCGAGCUCUCGACAGUGUUGUUAUGUUGAUCUCGAUUCCGCGGAGAUCCCCGGAGUCUGCGGCUAGCUAGCUAGCUACACAUUUCUGGUUCAAGUCUUUCAAGUUCUUGAUGACAAGUCAUUUGGACGUUGGCAUGUUUGCCUGAAUCGUUUUGUGUCAUAACUUAGGCAAUUUUUAGAGACCGAGACAAAACCAUGGCGGCUACGGAAGAUGGAGGAUUUUCCUCCCCGAGCUCAACAAACUUUCUGCCCGGUGGCAAUGAUCCCAUACAGGAGGAAAUGUACACACCUGUUCGAGUGCUUGGAAAGGGAGCUUUUGGUGAAGCAGUUCUGUACAGGAAAACAGAGGACAACUCAUUGGUUGUAUGGAAGGAGGUCAAUUUGACGCGUUGCUCUGAGAGAGUGAUGUAUGAUGCUCAGAAUGAGAUAGAGAUCCUCUCCAUGCUAAAUCAUGCAAAUAUAAUCUCCUACUUCAACCAUUUCUUAGAUGAUCAAUCUCUCUUCAUUGAGAUGGAGUAUGCCAAUGGGGGUACUCUGUAUGAGAAAAUUGUUCAUCAAGAUGGCACACUGUUUGAAGAAGAGUUGGUGUUAUGGUAUCUUUUCCAAACGGUGUCUGCUGUGGCCUAUAUCCAUCAAAUAGAUGUUCUUCACAGAGAUAUCAAGACACUCAAUAUAUUCAUGACCAAAUCUGGAUUGAUAAAAGUGGGUGACUUUGGCAUCUCAAAGGUUUUAGGGGAUGAUAAAAUGGCAGAAUCGGUGGUUGGAACUCCUUUGUACAUGUCACCUGAGUUAGUCAAAGGGCAGCAAUACAAUGCUAAGAGUGAUGUAUGGGCCAUAGGAUGUGUGCUAUAUGAACUUCUCACUCUCCGAAGAGUAUUUGAGGCUUCGAAUCAGCUGAAGGUUGUAUGGGGGAUUGUACAGAAAGAACAUGAAGACAUUGAUGAACGAUACAGCAAAGAGAUGCACAGCCUAGUUACACAACUCCUUGCCAAGGACCCAGAAAACAGACCAAGUGCAGCUGAAAUUAUGGCAAAUCCGUUACUAAGUGACAAGAAAAAAGAAAGAAAUAGAAAGGUUUGGGAGCUGAAUGGCAUCGUGAGGAGAGCUAAAAGUCAGAGCAGCUUUCAAGCAGAAACAGUUCCUGUUGUUACCUUCACAAACAGUGAGGUAUUCUACUGGGGAGGAGGUCGCCUAACUCCGCUGAAGCUGGAAGCAUUCAAAGACGGAAACCGUGCCUUACAGGUAGCAGCAGGCCACUCUCACUUUGCCUCUGUCACGGUAGAAAAGGAGAUCUUUACCUGGGCUAAUGUCCAUGGUGGUCAAGCAUUGGUUGGUCAGCUUGGACAUGGAGAUACAGCUUGUUACAAAGCUCCUAAGAAGGUUGAGAAGCUACAGGGAAUACCUAUUAAAGCUGUUGGAUGCGGAGAAGAGUUCACUGCAUGUAUAACAGAUGAAGGACAAGUCUACACAUUUGGCUCUGACUACUACGGUUGCUUGGGGAGAGGUGAGGACUACGAACCAGAGGAUGAUGACGAUGAUGAUGAGGAAGAAGUGAAAAGUCCCAUCCUGGUAUCAUUCUUUAACGAGAGACCAGUGAAUAAGAUCUCCUGCGGUGAUAACCACAUUCUAGCUUUAACCAAAGACGAGCAGGUCUACUCCUGGGGGUGUGGAGAGUUUGGCCGGCUUGGACUUGGCAAUGAAGAUGAUUAUAAGCUGCCCCAAAAGGUCACAUUCCAAGGCAAGAAAGAGAUCAAGACAGUGAGUGCUGGUUCUGAAGGAUCCUUCUUCCUGACUACGGAUGGCAAGGUGUAUGCUUGUGGUAGCAAUGAGCAUAAUAGAUUAGGAUUCAACACAGUCACAGCUGGUCUUAGGAAGAGAAUAGUGAAGGAAUGCUAUGACAUCCCAUACAAGGAUAUUCCUACGUUAGUGAAACCUCUGAACAGAUAUAACAUCAAGGCUGUAUCAGCAGGACAUACACACUCGGCUACUAUUGACAAUUUUGGUCGUCUGAUCAUGUUCGGUUCUAAUCAGUAUGGUCAGCUUGGUGUGGGAGACUGCAAGGGAAGAUCUGGCAUAUGUGAAGUGAAAGGAUUUCUCACCGGUAAACAUGUAGUGACUGCUAGCUGUGGAGAUGGCUUCACUAUCAUUGCUACCACAGACAACCAGAUCUUCUCGUUUGGCCAUGUUGACAGCGGUCGUCUUGGACACGGUGAUGAUCUCACUGGGAGCCAUAAGAAGAAACAAUCCGUCUCUACACCUAAACCUGUCUUUGGAUCACUUCAUAUGGUCUCUGGUCUCUCAUGUAGAUAUUGGCAUACCAUCAUCAUUGCCGAAAAAGUGGUAUCCAAACCAAAGACCCUCCGCAGCACACCACGGAUGGAUAGUAAUUCAAGCAAAGUGAGUUCCCAACUGAGCCACGAUAGUGUCUUUACAGCAGCCGUUGGUCAGGAUGGUGAGAAGAGCGCACCCAACCAGACUCCAGAGAGAAGCUCGGGGAGUAUUGAAUCACGACCACAGGAGUCGUUAAAGCAAGAGCCAUCAACCAAUCACACGUCAGGAAACAUGUCACAUGAUGAAGGGUUGCACACAGGGGACUCUGGACAAGAGACUGGUGGGACUGGUAGCAUGAGCCAACGAGAGGAGACUAAUGGAGGAGGGAAAGAUGAUGAUGAGAAUGGUGAAGACAGCGCCAUGCCACCAUGGCUCAAAAAUGAGCUUGAGAAAGCCGAGUUCAUUCCCAUGCCAACGAUAGAGUCAAUGAACAACGAUAGCACAAACUCCGCCACUCCCAAAGUUGCUGCUCCACCUCAAUACAACUCUACAGCAGCCAAACCACCAUCGGGCAAACCUGAGUUGGAUGGUUCGAGUUGUUCUGACAGUGGGUUCCAGCGUCCUCACUUUGUACCUCCUCUGAGCUUUGCAGCGCUAUCACAGACCGAGGAUAACUUUAAGAUGGGCUUGGCUCAGGACGUAGAGGUGGAGGCUCUCAGAGACAGGGUCACGCAUCUAGAGAAUGAGAACAAGAAGCUCUUCACCAUGGUAUCUGACCAGCACGUGCGUCUUCUGGAGCUGGAGAAACGCUUGAGUCAGAUAGAGGGAACUGGAGUGUGAUCUGUCUUUCUACAACUCUAGCUUCAUAUAUGACUCUAGCUUCAAAUAUGACUCUAGCUUCAUAUAGGACUCUAGCUUCAUAUAGGACUCUAGCUUCAUAUAGGACUCUGGCUUCGUAUAUGACUCUGGCUUCGUAUAUGACUCUGGCUUCAUAUAUGACUCUGGCUUCGUAUAUGACUCUGGCUUUGUAUAUGACUCUGGCUUCAUAUAUGACUCUGGCUUCGUAUAUGACUCUGGCUUCGUAUAUGACUCUGGCUUCGUAUAUGACUCUGGCUUCGUAUAUGACUCUGGCUUCGUAUAUGACUCUGGCUUCGUAUAUGACUCUAGCUUCUUAUAUGACUCUAGCUACAAAUAAGACACUAGCUGCGUUGUGCUUCAUAAUACCUAAUCAUGAACGUCAGAAUGCAAGACUGCUCAGAGGAGGCUCAUCAAUUGCAAGAAGUGACCUUGAAUCACUUCCAGGAGUCACCUAUCCUAGGUGGAUAUGUUUCAGCAUUGCCUUCAUGGAUAAACCUUCAAGACAAUUUAUUAGAGAUGAUUUCUAUCUGAAAAUCUGUAAAUAAAGAUAUCAUGAUGUCAUCCAAAUUCAGGCUUUUAAGCAUAAGCCACUUUAUCUAUACCGGUAUGCCUUUCAAGAAAGAAAAUCAUAGCAGAUUUUUAUUACAUUGUCUUCAGCUAAUGCUAGACCAGUCUGUACAGAGCAUUCAUGACGGAAAUAGUGCCUCAUAUUUCUUGCAGCCCUGAAAAAUUGACAAUUCCAAGAAAUUUUUAUGAAGUCUGUGCAUUAUUUAUAUUUUUAAACUAAAUGAUGCAAUCACAUAUUGGAAAGAUUUGUACUGCAGUGCGUUCUAUUUUGAUUCUAUUCUACGUGACAGCUUCCAAUGCACUUCACCCCACAGCUGGUAUGCAUAGAGGAUGGACCCAAUAGGUCUACAGAAGUGCCCAUCACUAUUGAAUUGAUAUCGAUAUUGAACACCAUGUGCGCUAUAAAAAUAUCCAUCAUUAUUAUUGUUUUGUUAUUAAUAUUGUUAUCAUCAUUAUUAUUAUUAUUAUUAUUAGAACUUUCUGUACCUAAUUCAAUAUUAAAUCUUGUAAUGGGAAGUUAAGUAUCAUGGAAUUAUUCUAAAAUCAGAGUAGAUUGUGAUAAGUGAAUUGUGAAAAUGCUUUCAUGAAGCAAGUAAGAAAACUUAUUAGUUUCAACAAUAGUUUUGACUAUCUUUAUGGUAAGACUAUCAAAACUGAUAUUGGCAGGAUAGUGUAUGCUAGUUUGAGAACAACAUUCUGUUUUGGUUUUUGCAAGAUUUCUUUACUGAUAUCUACUUCAGUAAAAAUCAAUGUUAUGCAAUUUUUGAUUAGUUUAUAUGUCAUUGAAUGAUCUAUGAAAACUCUUGUUUCUGAUUUAUGCAAUUUUGUUCACAGUAUAUAUGCCCUCUGUCUUUCAUUUGAGCAGCAUUUCAUACCAAUCACAUCUUUCUUCAUAUCUCGCUUUCUUUUCUUUCUGUAAUCGAUUCUCAGGCUAUCUGAAUGCAAAAAGUGUCAUUAAACUUUGAUUCUGAUUUAUAAUUGGUACUUUCAUGAUAAAAGUACAUGAUAAGAAUGCUGACUAUGCUGUAUUUACUUCAUUGUAUAUAAAGUUCAUUUUUGUAUGUAAAUAUGUUUUGUUAUUUGGCGUUAAUCUCAUAAAGAUGUAGAUGAUAUCUUAUUGUUGUGUGCAAAAGGAAAGAAAAAUGCUGCUUGCUGUGUCUAGAGGUUUGUAGUCUUGCCUUCCUAUGUAGUCUUUAUGUAAAGCAUUUCAUCAAUUGGUAUCAGGGUUAUUUAUCACACUUUCAUUCAUUAAACAGAAAAUGUGCAAUGCUGUAAUUAUCCUUAACUGACAAACAACAGUAAAAAGUAACACAAAAUGUUUUUUUUCUUCAUGAUACAUGUAUGCAUAUAGGAGCUGUAUGUACAAAAGAACAUUUAAGCCUGAUUAAGAGAAAUAGGAGAGGAAAUUUGCUCAUUGCUUUCUGUUACCAUGUUUAUCUAGUGGAUACAGUUUGAUAUACUUCACUUUAUUUAGAUAUUGUAUUUCUGAAGCUGAUCAUAACAAUAGUUUUAUAUAAAAUUUGGAAAAGUAGAAGUAUUUUUUUAAUGUUGGUACAGUAUUAUAGACCAGGGCCCUGUUUUACAAAGAGUUGAUAUUAAUCGCAACUUAUUUGGGAUUGAUAUCAAUGCAUUUAUGUACAUAAGACAUAGGAGAUUGCAAACUUGCGAUUGAUAAAAGGACUUGUGAUUAAUUUAGAUCAAUCGCAACUCUUUGUAAGACAGGGCCCAGUUUGCUGUUUGAGAAAUGUAAUAAAUGAGUUUGAUUUUCAAUUAUGUUAUAUCUUAAAACCUUUUAAUUUAUAGUUGACUUAAAUGUGUAUUCAGGCUGUUCCAAUGAGGAGCAAUGCAUGCAACUAUACACUGCUAGCAUUGGUCAAUGGUAUGUUUAUUAUAUUGUAUACAUGUGUAUCAUGCUAUCAAGAUAGACUUGUUCAAUAAGGUUAUUUUAAAACAAUCCCAUGCCAUAACAUGACAGAAGUUAAAGCUGUAUUUGAUAGAAUGCAAGCGUUCAUGUGAAUAAUGCAUUGUCAUUAAAAUAAGUGCUCCUUUUCCUUUCCUAAAAUUUUAUGUAAGUAUUGUAAAUAGUAAAUGAUAAAUAUUAAAUUUAACUUUUUUUCUGAAAUAUAUAAGAGAAGUGCAGUGCAUGAUGUUACAAACAAAAAUCUAUUUUUUAGAAUGAAUUAGUAAAUCAUGUACAGUAUAAGGUAAGUUUUUACUAAAAAAGAGUGUCUUCUGUUUUUGUGUCAAAUGUAUUUUUCUGAAAUAAUGGUCUCAUUUGUCUGCACUUUUACUUCGUUAUUCUUUUCAUUGGCACAAGUCGUGGGCAUUAUACAAAUAACAGUAGUCAGUACUCCUUGAGGUUUUUUUCACAUUAUUUAAAGCUUACCUUGAGUUUUGGUAAGUAGUAAAGGAGCAGCAUUUCAAGAGAAACUGAAAUUAAAUAUUUUGGAUAUUUAAAAGUCUCUGCAAUUGUGUUAAGCUUAAUUUCUCUUAUCACUGACCUGUUAAAGACAUUUUGACUGAAAUCAUCAGAAGAUACCAUUACGUUUGUUUUCUUGAACAUUCAGUGUAGGUUAUAUUGGAAUGUUUGUUCCAGCAUUACCAGAACUCAAACUUUGCUUUUAUUGGAGCUUAGAUUGUAAACAAAUAAAAAAUUAUGAUUCUUUAUUUUCAUAUUCUAUGUAAUUACUAUGACUACUCUGGAAAAACAAAAGAUUUAAAUGUUUGAAUUUCAUGUUAUUAAUAUGACUACUUUUACAGAAAUACUGAAUGACUAUGUAGUACUGGUAGUGGAAGAAAUCAAGAUUUAGUAAUUUGCAUCACACUUGUCUUUCAUUCAAUGUUGAACGGUAUAACAUGCAUUGAUGUAUUCUGAGUGAAGAGUUAGAUCAUUAAUCAAAUCUUUUGUUUCAUAACUACAUUUGUAAUUUGCUUGAAAUGUAUUAAAUAUGGAUGUGAUAACUGCUAAAUGACACAUUAUUCCUCAUGCCCCUAGACUAGAUGAGAAUAUUUUUGAAAAUUUUCAUUUUCAUUUCAUGUUAAAGAAUAGUGUGCCCAUUUGUAUGCCUUACUAUUUCCUUACAUUGUGUAACUGUGGUCCGUUCUAUUUGAUAAAAUAUUUGAUAAAAUGUGAUGUUUAAUCUAAGCAAUGUAAACAAUAAUUUGUUUGUUUUUACUCUUUUGUAGUGCCCUAUUUAUCUUUUUCUUUUAAAUCUUCCAGACUAAAAUUUAUUUCACUUACAAUUCCAGAAGAGGAUUAUUUUUUUCACAUUCCAGUCCAGAAAUUCUAGAAAGUUAAAUACCAACUCGUUUUCAUGUCACAAGUAAUUUUUAUCUUAAUAAUGUUUACAAGAUAUAAGCAAAUCAGGGCGGUUGUAUCAGCUAAGGUGAAGACCAGAAUGAGAUGCACUAAAUGUUAAUGUUAUCCUUAUAUUUUGUAAAAUAAAAACAUUAUGUCUAUGAAA